UGUGUUUAAAUGUCUGUUUGUUUUUUUUGUUGUUUAAAGCCAAAUUUGUUAACAAAAAAUAUUUGUUUAUGAUGAAAAGUGAGCAAAAUCCAUCUUUUAUUCAUUAUAUCUAUCAUUAGACCUACACCAUGCAUCAAAACAUCAAAUAUCGGUUAAAUUUGGUAUAAAAAUAACAGUUUGCCUAUAGUGGACCCGGGUCCACAAUCGGAUUAUGGACCCGGGUCCACUAUAGGAAAAGGGGGUCCACAACAGGCAAAAAAAACUUUUUUUUCAAUUGGCUAUUUUUCUGCUCAAAAACAAAUAACUGAUGAAACAAAUAGUCAAAAUUGUUCAAAAGACUUCAGUUUUCAUUGUUUUGUACAAAGGGUUAUGAAAAAGUGCUUAAAAUAUUGAAAAUUUGUGAAAAAUGUGCUUCGGCUCUACUAGGGGGUCCACUAAUGGUUAAAAUACCCUAAAUAUCGUAAAUACAAGCGUAAAUAUUAUUUAUCUGCACGAUAUUCGGAAUUGAAUUUUGCUCAGUGUGGAUAGUGACAGUUCAGAACUGUCACUUGUUUGUUUCCUUCAUUUACAAACUGUCACCGCUCCAAUCCAGCUUGAGGUAUAUUUUGUCACCUUCAGGAUUUCCGGUGCCCUACGAAGAUUGGGACAGCGGGACCAGAAACGUCAGCACUUCUACUAAAGAAGCAAAUGCGGGUGAUGACGGCAGGACCGUCGAUGAAGCGGUCCCUGCCGGUCGAACUUCCACCACCAUCACUAUCCGACCGCAGCCGUUACCGCAAGCCCAACCGGACCCGGGCAUGCUGGAGCUGCUCACCAGCUCGGAGAACCAUGCCCGCGUGUUGGAAGCCCGAGCCGUCGCAGUCAGAAAGCCGGCAGCGUUGCACACCCCCGCAGAACCAACGACGACGCAAGUGUGCUGGGGCAAAAUAACGACCAAAAAGCACAAAACGUGGGAGGGCGACGGAACGUUGACCAUCGUGGGCGGGAAUAGCGUCACGUUGGGCGACGAGGACGGCAAGGUGAUUGGGGGCUCUGGGUUGGUGAAGGGGGAGGAGCUGGAGGAGGGUUCGCGGUUGAGCAAGGAGGUUGAACUGGUGGACCGGAUUGAUGGGGAGGUGGCCAAGGAGAAUGAUGUGCCGGUGAAAAGGGGUUUUCGAUUCGAGGCGAGAGGAGGGUUUAGGCCGCCGGCGGAGUCGAUGUGCGCCGGGAGUCCGAUUGUGGUGUCGAGCUGGUUGGGACUGUGGGGAGGAAGCGAUUGCGGAGGACUUUGUUCCAUUGAUGAUGCGGGAGCCUUCGUUCGAUCAGUGGAAGUAUAACAAAGGGUUGCGUUCCGUACUGCGUGGCUACCCGAGCAGGGGUAAAUAACACGGGAAUACCAAAUUUUGGUAUUACUUGGGCAAAUAACAGGGACCAAAAUGUGCCCUUGGUUGCCCAGUAAUAGAUGGUAAAAUACCAUGAAAUCAUACCAAAGUCUUGUAUGUGGAAGGGCACAACAAUACCAAACCAUGUUAUUCCAAGGGUAAAAUAAUACCUCAAAAUAAAAUCAUUUCAAUACCAAGUUGAGGUCUUCUGGAUUUUUAAACAUUGCUUGAAUACCAAAACUUGGUAUU